GCUUCUGAAAAGGAGAUCAUAUGGAUUAUGAAAAUAUCGAUCAUCAUCGUUGGAAUUCUGUCUACGGUGAUGGCCAUAACAAUCGACACGAUCUAUGGUUUGUGGUAUCUGUGCUCUGAUCUGGUCUAUGUGGUGUUGUUUCCGCAACUAGUGUGUGUCGUGUACCUGAAGAAGGCGAACACCUAUGGAGCUCUGUGCGGCUACAUCGCAGGCUUGAUCCUGCGUAUCAUUGGGGGCGAGCCGUUGCUUGGCAUUCCGGCUGCCGUUCAUUACCCAUGGUUCGACGAGGAAACCGGUGUGCAGAUGUUUCCGUUCAAAACGAUGGCCAUGGUGAACGGCGUGCUGCCACCCGAAUAUGACAUCUUCUUGUGUGUCGUCAACAUUCCUCCCGAACGGAUGGUGCUGAAAGAUCUGUCGCUCCCGGCCAGCAUGGACACAUUGUCGGUGAACAUGCACAAACAUGAAAAACGCAACGGAAACAACGCCAUGCUGCUGAACAUCAGCUACAUAGGCGACUCCACCCCUUUAGCCAGUGCCGGAGUCACACCUCGAGAUGAAAAAAGCCUGAGCCUCGUCGAAGAGAGGAAGCCGAUUAAAAGCGACGGCAAAACUGAAAAUAUCAACUACGAAUCGAUAGAUAAGCGUUAG